AUGCCUGAACCAGGACAGCGGUUGAGCCAGAUCUCAGCUUCAAAGGGAGGGUCUGAUGGCCGACCGGCCAGCAAAGAUGGGAAAAAGGAGCUUUGGUCAUCCAUGCUUCACGCUGGAGCGAGUGGGAAGCGGUUACCGGAAAAGACACUGCUAGUCCUUGCAACAUUAUCUACCGAUCACGCUGAGUCCGGACUACCUGCAGAACGACGAAAACAAAAAGCACCGCCCAUUGCGAACCAGUUUGCGCUCGGAUAUACAUACCAGAAUGUUCUCGAUGCGGAGCAGGAAGAUAUCCUUGCUAGAAUUUCAAUCUACCUACUUUCAGAACCAUCAGCAUCUUACGCUCCCCUCCUCCGACCUUUGAUCAACCCGAAGACAGUCCCUGAGAUGUUGAUAGUUUUCCUUCUGGACUGGGAAAACCCCUGGACAUGGGUCAGAGAACUGAGAGAAUGGAUCCGACUAUUGCGCUCGGUUCUCAUAUCACUGGAUGAUGAGACGAAAGUUGUUAUGGAAGAGGUCAUGAGUGACUGGAAGGACCGUAGGAGAGGGGUGUACGUUUAUCCUGUCAUCAAAGCUGCUUCCGGUGCUAACAUGGACUCUACAAAACAGGCUGAGAAGAUUGAACAACUAGAAAAAGAUCAUGGCUGGAGAGAAGAAGAGUUCGACUACAUCUUACAGUUUAUGCGAACGAUACUUCUCAAGCAUGGAUCAUCAUUAAUAUAUACCACCCGAUUCUUGGCCAACUCACUACAAGGUUUGAUACAGUCAUCACUUGGUAUUCAUUCACUCCUAAAACGACAAUCUCUCAAACAUAAUGUUAUCGACAGAGACAAGAUAUUAGUCCCUUCAAACUGGGAUUCAUGGGGUAAGAUAAGAAUUAUCAGGGAAGGUUUUAAUAUCGAGGGUGUUGGGACUAGUUGGUCCGUUGAGAUACAAGGGCCACCAGAAUCUCUGAAGCGAUCCAGCUCAGGCGAUGGUGAGGAAGCUCAAGAGCGUGAAGACCCAGAUUCUGCAGCCAGUGCAGUGGCUAUUUAUGAACAAACCAUCAAGGAUCCCAAAGGCGCUGCAUCGAUAUCUCGUGCUAGGCAGUCAGAAGGCAGUCAAAUUGAAGUGACAACAGUUGAUUCCCAGGCAUUCCUGACAGAGCAGGUUGAGGUACUUGAACAGCUUAAAGCAGAGGAUGAGAAGCAAGAAAGACAGAUGCGCAAGGGUGGUGGUGUCAUUAAGGACUCAGACAUGAUGAUGGGCAUAGAUGAUACGAGCCGGGUAAAUGAGCAUAUUGGCCCCGUGCAGUUUAAUAUGGGAGGCAUCCAAGUCGAUGCCGAUGACAUGCUACGGAGAUUAAAGGAGAGAGAAGCUAGCCGUGCAUCGGCAAGGAGUGGUUCCGUCUCACCGACACCUCCGGGCGGGCCAACAUCGCCCGGCAUACCUCCUAUCGGUCAAGGUACCGAUGGCAAGCUUGGUAAUGAAGGGCUAGCUACCUUCUUUGCCGGCCUAAUGAAGAAGACCGGUGGUAGUCCAAGGUCUAACGCAACCACUUAG